AUGGCCGGCCCGCAUCGGGCAAUUGUUUGUCUUUGUUCUCAGCUUCUGGAGCGAGAACCCACCAAGAGACUCGGCGUCACCGGGGAGAUCCGGCAGCAUCCGUUCUUCCGCACCAUCAACUGGGAAGCGCUGGAGAAGCGGGAGCUGGAGCCGCCCUUCAAGCCCCGUGUGGGCUCCCCCGGGGACUGGAGCAACUUUGACAAAGAGUUCCUGCAGGAGAAACCUCGGCUCUCGCGGGGAGACCGCAACCUCAUCGACUCUAUGGACCAGGACACCUUCUCCGGCUUCUCCUUCGUGAGCCACGAGCUCAAGACCGUGCUGCGGUAAAACCGUCGCAGUGCGCUCGGCCACAUCGGUUCAAAUAAUAAAGACGAGAAGAGGGGUGUGCGCGAGCAACUUGACGACAGAUAACCCCACGCGUGCUCGUCCUCCGUUCGGCCUCGUGUCGAGAGAUUCCUCCUCUCCCUCCUCCUCCGUCAAGCUUUAAACUUCAUCACCACGGGCGUCUUCAGCUCUCGAGCUUUUGUUUCGUUUUGAUUGGUGGACCGCGAACCGUUGACUUUUUCCGCAUCUCGUCCUGAAGGUGCCCGCCCUGGCAGCUUGGACGCUAAAACGCCGCAUAACUGAGAAGGAAUUGCACGUCGACUCGCCCCGGUGAGAGAGCUGAAGCGGCGACGAUGAUGGUGACUGUCACGGCGCUCGCCCUUCCCCCCCCUCCGCUGCCGCCUCUGCCAUACGGGCAACGGGAGGGCCUUUUUCCACUAAAAUAAUUUGCCGGCCCGCCUGGAAUCGCUGCCGCAUGGCUCUGACCCGAAAAUGUAUGAUGAACCGCUAAUCAUGGCCGCGGAAAAGCCAGGCCGCAAUUGCGUGCUAAGUUGUUUUGUUCUUCUCAUUGAACCCGGCGAGAGCGCGGGAGACAGAGAGAGAUCGGUGACUUGGGUGGGUCACCCCUAAAAUCACGAAUGGGUUUGAAGAAAAGCAACAAUAGAGCCAGAAAGAUAAAACAAAUGGGAGCAGAGCUACCACCGUCACUGGACGUCAAAAGCACCGCGUAAAGUGACCGGAGCUUACGUGGGGCAAAUAGAAAUCUGCGUUACGGGAGAAGUCAAACACUUGCACAAAGCUCGUAUUAACGAAACGCAACCGUGAAAUGGUGCGGGAUAGUCGCCUAAAGGUGGCCGCAGUCAGUCAGCCGCGUGGCAAAAGCUUGGGAUGGGAAAUGCCCAACACAGCCCAAAGCAGAAAAGCCAUCAGCGGCGGUGGCGGUUUGCGUGCUGAAUUCGGACUAUAAGUUACCGACGUAAUGUUCCGGGUUUUUUCUUUUUUUAACACCGCUCUCCUCUAAGAAUUCCAAAUGCCUCUUUGCCUCGCGAUGCCGAUAGCACAAACUGAACGCGUGUUGGGAGAGGAUUGACACGAGAACCAGUGAGACUCUUUUCCUGGCCGCUUGCAAAUGUUACAAAUGACUCGGGAUCGGCCACUUGAUUGCGGAGAAAUAAAACCGCGUCAGAACAACGGGCCAUGUCGCCGGGGUGCAAUGUCGGGUUUAGCGACUCGUGGGUUUAAGCGGAGACGCUGAAGUGCGACGCUUUGAUGGGUUGCGGUUGGUCGGCAGCGACUGCGCAAAAAAAACCACUCCGUGUUCUCUCACUUCACGAGGCUUUGCUCCAAGCUCCGAGGCAGAGCACGUCGAUUGAGGCGCCGCAUCACCCGGAGCGGGCGUGAGGCGACUGCGAAGGGGGGGGGGGGUGCCUCGGGAGUAGUUCUGCGGCGCACGCUUCCGGAGGCCAGUUCUUCAUUUGCCAUAGGAGGGGGGGGGGGAGGGUUAACGCCACGCCGCUUCCCGUGCGAGUCGCGAGUGAGGUGGUCAGCGUCUCGCGGGGACGGCGGCAGUGUCGACGGCACAGCCGGAGGUCGGAGCGACUGGAAAAAGGAGGAAUGGCCUCGCGCGUGCGUGCAUGCGUGUGUCCACAUGCGCAUGUGCGCACGCGAGUGGCUAUUUUAGGUAACGCUGGCUUGACUUGCGUGCAGUAUUUUCAAGUAGGGGCUGUUAACUGUAUAUAUAAAACGAUAUAUAUAGUUUUAUAUAUAUAGUUAUAUAAAAAGUUACAUGUAUCGUUAUAUAUAGUCUUUAUAACUAUAUAACGAUCGCCUUCCACAGUGAUGGAAUUCCGAGGGGGCGAUCUAAUCACGUUUAGCUGGCGACGCCACGGCCGUUGGCAGAAGAGGUGCACAAAGUGCAACUAGCAGCGUAGCUCGACGACGCUCUGUGUGUCACGAAACACCACGCGGCCUUCGGAGUAGCAGACAUUGUCCUACAGGUGCCACGUCUCGGGCAAUAGUCCUCCUCCGUAGUGCACGCAGAGGCAAUCGUUGUGGGAACGGGCCUUGUUUGCGGAUCGUGCCAUCAGCCUGCUUCAAAGGAUGGCCCUAACGCGCGAGGCGCACGCCUCGAAUCCGUGUCGAGGAGCUGCGGUUCGGCCCAAACAAAAUCGGCAGCACGCUUUGGAAUGCGCCCUCACCACCGGUCCCAUGGCCCGCCCCCAGUCUCACUCAAGAGGCCCUUGGAUUCCUGCCCAGGGCACUGGCACUGGCCUUGUUCUCACGAGGACAACACUUCCCAUGAUGCAAAGUGCCGGCGACAUUUUCGAAUUUUACCUUUUAAUAUAAAUACCUUUAUUUUGUAGGAAUGAUUUUAGUUUUUUUGCAGGAUGUGUCUGGUACUUAGCGGCCGACCAUAAAUGACGUCACGCGAUUUUGGACUAUUUUUGAUCCCCCCCCCCUCGUCACACGGCGUCACAAAAAGUCAGACCCCCCCUCAAAUAUGACAUCACAAAGCUCUGCCCCCCUCCCCAAACCAUAUUUCCAUUUUGAAAAUAAAACGUGCUUCAAAUCGCUUUAAACUAUUGUCAUUGUAGUGCGUAUUUAAUGUGGCGCUGCACUCUGAUGCGUCGGAGUGUUGUUAUAACAAUUAAUGUUGUUAUAACAAUUCUAUAUUUAUUUAAAGUUGCGAAUUUUGAUGUGACGUCACAUUUCUCACCCCCCCCCUCGUCACACAUUGUCACAAAUGUCUGACCCCCCCCCCCUAGGUGCGUGACGUCAUUUAUGGACGGCCCCUUAAACAGCCAAUAGGUUACUACUAAUAGUUACCUAUUAGUAAUCAGAAAACAAAACAAAAAAGUUUAAUUCCCACCAAAUCAUCUCUUAUCAUCCACUCUCUAAACUUCUCGACUUAUGUUCAAUGUAGAAGAACCAUAGCCCUAAACGCCACCUAUUAUAGAUUUGUUUUUUUUUAUUUUAAGGUCACACACACCACGGGGUGUUGGUAUUGGCGAAAUAUGUCGAGGCAUUUAAUAGGCACUGGUGGCCAAUCAGAGAGAGGCACGAGCAUCAUGUGACAUGGGAGGCCAAUAGAAUAGAUUUGGGGGACAUCCACCGACAUGCCGUAGAGACGCAAGCAGGGCUCUGUCUCGUAAUGCAGGAAAAUACGAGACUCUAAAGUGACUGCCACGCGUGUGAACACAACCCACUGUUCUCACACGCACAGGCGCCACGGUGGCGAUAUAUUAUCUGCCUCGCCUGGUGUGCAGGAAGCCGUGGGUUCGAUUCCGACCCUGAGGCCUGCUGCUGUCUAUUUGUAGUUUGUGUGUCUCUCUCUCCCCGCGAUGGCGUGGAUUUUAAUCCGGGCUCCGUUUUUUUUCACUGCGCUGAAGAGUUUAUUUUGGCCGUUAUCAAUUUCCAUGUGCUGAUGAGCCACUUCGCUGAGCUAUCGUUUGUGAUAGCCGGGUCGCUUCUGACAAAGAGAGCGACAUUGCAGCUCAGUGGGGCCUUCCUUAUCUGGUAAAAUAAAAAACUUGUUUUAAAUAGUUCAUAGUUUACUCGACACCACUUGUCUAUUCUCAUGAGCGAAGCUUCCAGCUCGCACGAGGCAGCCCCGGGACGCUCUGAUCAGGCGGCGUGCUCGCCGCUCGUUGCGGACCGUCCUCAGUUCGAAUCUGGCAGACCCGCCCUGGAUAAUUCCCUGGGAGGCUAUUUGACUGUAAAAUAUUAACGCCAUCAUCUUCAGGGUGGACGCCGCAGAUCGAGCGAGGCCGUUCGCAAGAGUAAGCUGCUGUGUGCCGGAUGUCACGGUCCAAACGUGCAGCAAAUUUGAAAACAAAAAUUACACCGCAAACGAUUCUGUCGGGAGUUUGCAAACCGACCAUCGCCCACUGACUGACGACUUAACCGGGCCCUCCUGAACAGGAGCUGAGGCCGGGCGAGGCUCUGCGGGGUUAAAGCGCACAACGAUAAGGGCAACGAUCGCAGCCUUUUGGGGCACGAGGCAUCGUCAGCGUCACGUUACGGUGCUUGGCAAAGCGAAAAAAAUGAGUUAUUCACAUCCAAUGUUUUCGGGAAAGUUGUAUUCUCCUCUCACCUGCGGUCAAAGGCGUUCGUAAAGCUGCGUAUUUCUUGGACGUUAAAAGUGCCGCGUGCUGUGCUCGCGUAGUCGCGGUGUUCGUGUUGCGGUGCCAGGUCGCUGCUUGCGUCCGCGUUGAGCCACUCGGCCAUCGUUCUCGUUGCAGGCAUGGCGCGCGCUCCGCACAGAUGCAAUCAGCCGGCAAACAGUGCUGGAUUAAGCUCGUGCAGGGCCUGCAGCAUGAUGUUAUAAAGGGGCCAUGAAUUAAAAAAACACGCAAAUAUUAAAACACAAAUUUUUAACUUGCACAGUAAAGUUAAUUUAUUUUUUCACUUGCCUAUACAGCCAGAUAAUACGACAAAUAGCUACUCUUAAACACCCAGUCGUUCAUAAAAGUUGAAGGCAGUAUAGUACUAUAGUAAUAGAGCAAGUGCAGAAUCACCGAACCGGAAUUGAUAGCUUGAAAGCAUUUAGCGCGGGGCCCUUCAAAGUGCGGGGCCCGAAGCAUGUGUAGCUACUUUUGCUACGAGGAUAAUCCGGCACUGGCCCCGCAAACGUUCGCAAAAUGUGCACGGUUGCGUUUUUGUCGUGAUGAAAUGUGGUGUCGCGUAACACUGAUGUGAUUGUUGGGUCGUGUAAUCCCAGGUACUUAACCGUGUGACUUAACCGUGUGACUUGACCGUGUAACUGUUGUGUUCUUGCAUCGUUAUGUUGAGGAGGUCGCUUGUGAAUCUGAUCGUGACUGUAAACAUCUUCAAUCUUCGUUUGGGUUAUUUAAUGACGUAAUAUCCCCAGCAUGCCAAUAUUAGUUUUUUUAAUGUUUUUAUUCUACCCAAUAUUUGCUUUGUUUAAACAUUCCCAGGGGAUGCGUCGUGGGCUUGAUUUCUAGGCACAGGUGGACUGGUGUUGUGGGCUUCUAUACCGGCGUCCACACGCGAACCCUUUUGGGGGUUGUAAAACGUAUUACCGCUCUGGUGGUGACUGGGUAAUCAAUUAACGGCAAACAAAAAUAAAAUCUCGUUUUUCUCGACUGCAUAGUCGCACGUGUUGA